ACCUAGUUAAAAAUGGAGAGUUCCAUCUCACAAGUAACUCAUCCAACAUCUAAACCACCAUUGAAUUAAUAUUAUUCUGUUCUACAAUGGCCACGGGAGUUAACAGAAAGAUUUCUGCAGCAUCAGCUCGUUCUCACUCCAGGAGGGCCAACAAAUCAUCUUCUUUUCAGCUUCCUGCUGGAAUACUUAGAACAACACUGGCAGUGUUGUUUAUUGGAUUUCUAGCAUGGGCUUAUCAAGCUGCUCAACCUCCGCCUCCAAAGAUAUGUGGCACUCCUGAUGGACCACCUAUAACGGCGCCAAGAAUCAAACUAAGAGAUGGAAGACAUUUGGCAUACAAAGAGCACGGUGUUCCAAAAGACGAAGCAAAGUAUAAAAUCAUCUUUAUCCAUGGUAUCAACAGUUGCAGACAUGACACCGUGGUUGCCGACACUCUAUCACCUGAUAUUGUGAAGGAAUUGGGGGUCUACAUUGUAUCUUUCGACAGACCUGGUUAUGGAGAAAGUGAUCCUGAUCCAAAUCGUACGUCAAAGAGCAUUGCUUUGGAUAUUGAGGAGCUUGCUGAUCAGCUGGGAUUGGGAUCCAAAUUCUACGUCGUUGGUUUUUCCAUGGGUGGACAAAUUGCUUGGAACUGCCUUAAGUAUAUACCUCACAGGCUGGCAGGUGUAGCGCUCUUAGCCCCAGUCGUCAACUACUGGUGGCUUGAUCUUCCUGCAAACUUAACUGCAGAAGUCUAUUCCCAAACGAAAUUACAAGACCAAUGGGCACUUCGUAUUGCUCACUACACGCCAUGGCUAACGUACUGGUGGAACACACAAAGGUGGUUCCCGAGUUGUAGCGUCCCUUCUCAUAGUCCAGAUAAUUUUUCAAAACAAGACAGAGAGCUUUUAUCUAAGUUGUUGGGUCAUAAAGGGAAUUAUGAGGCACAGGUAAGACAGCAAGGUGAACAUGAAAGUAUCCACCGUGACAUAAAUAUUGGAUUUGGAAGCUGGGAAUAUACUCCAUUGGAUCUUCAAAAUCCAUUUCCAAACAAUGAAGGUUCUGUUCAUCUUUGGCAAGGAGAUGAUGAUUUGUUGGUUCCUGUUACACUACAACGAUACAUUGCAAGAAACCUUCCAUGGAUUCACUAUCACGAACUUACAGGUUCGGGCCACAUCUUCCCUCACGGGGACGGUAUGAGUGAAGCUAUUAUUAAGUCACUUUUAGGUGUGAAGUAGGCUUCUGUAUCGAUCAUUGCAUUCCAUUUUGUAAAUGUCCAAACUUUGAUGAAUGCAGUUAAUAAACUUUGAGCAAAAACUACAAUCUUAAAAGAGUUGAAUUAAUCUCAUAUUGGCUUAAAAUAA